AUGGCAUCUAAGAAGAAGGGAAAGGCCAAGGCCAAGGCCCCAGCCAAGCCCGCACCGGCACCCCCUAUCAAGGUCACUCCUCCUACACCCGAGCCAAAGGCCACCACCAAACCCAAAGCCCACCCCCGAGCCAAGCCCAACCUCCGUUACAACCCCAAAGAGCGACCUGAGUGGUGGCAGCACAGUCUUGCAGUCGAGCGAGACUCGGAUGUCAAGAAGGAGCUGGACAGACAGACAAAGCUCCGCACCCCCUACCUUGACCGUGUCGACAGCGCCUGGGAUCCCAGGACAACAAACAGUCCGCAGAACACUCCCACCCACAACAAGGAGUACAAUCAUGUUAAUGCCCUGAGGCACGACCAGCCAGCGGAUAGGCGUUGCAUCCCGUGUGUGAGGCUCGGGCUCAAGUGUGCCAGACCUACGCUCAAGUAUUCUGUCUGUUCCAACUGCGCGGACUCGGGCGAGGAGUGUGGAUAUAUCUGGGACCCCCCAGCACACUUGGACGAACCCAUCGGCCGGCCUCCUUCCGUCUACGUGACUGAGCUGCUGCGCCAGAACAUGGGAUCCAUCCACCUCGCCGUCUCUCGCGCAGGCAGGGGCGAGAAAGAGGAAGAGUCUUCCCUCCGCUCCACCAUCGAACCCGACCGCUCGCCACCAAGGGACAAGUACACCCCCAUCGCUCCUCCCGCCAACCGCGCGGGCGCGGGCACGUAUGAUGCCGACUGCCCGCGUCUCCCCAUCGGCCUGCUUUCUCGUCUGCCUGAUCUCCACCGCUCACCAUCUCCAGACACACAGGCAUCUCUGCCGACCCCGACGGGCACCACGCCUGUCCAGAUUGGGAAGCGGAAGACGCGGUCCAGCGAGGCGCACAUUCCGCGUGAGCCUGUGGCCAAGCGUUCUCGCCCGACUCCAGCACCCGUCCGUUUGGCCAACACCGACACGAAGGAGGACGAUGGUGAAGGGUGCUACACCCUCUCUCGUGCCGAACUCGCUGCGCUCUUGGGUAUGGCGUACGUCACUGGUGCACUCAACUUUGGAAUACCUACGCCAGACGGUGAUGGUGGCUUGACCUCCUCCCUCUCCAACGAGGCCCAUGUGGACGACGACACCACCCAAGUAGCCUACCGUGCUGCCUUACUGGACCUCAUUCCCGAGCCCUUUACACACAUCGAGGAUGUCACCUCCGACCCGGCAAUCUACCUCUCCACUCGCGAGUCUCGACUGUUGCAAGGCGCCUUCACAGGCGAGGCGCGGUACAUGGACCAGUUCUGGUCCAAGUGGCACGAUCGCAGGGUGAGGUCCCGCAUCAUGAGGCUCGCGCCGAGUUUGAGCAACAUGGAGCGUGUGCGACCUCUCAAGGGCACACCCAUGCCGGUGCAUGACGCUGGUCGCCCCGUCCUAGAGCGCCAUGAUUCUGGCUCGUCGGCCGACACAGACAUGCGUCUCAUGGCAUCGAGACCCAGCUCGCUGAUCCGCCCCUCUCACACCGUCUUCCCGACGCCUCGUGCAUCACCGCCUGCGCCCACGCCAGUAUGGGACCACUCGGAAACGAGCAUGGACACAUUUAUCAACACCGUAGUCAAGAACACGGGGAGGAAAGUCGGCGCGUUCCCCUCCGAGAUGCCGGGGAUCCUCCUUGGCGGUGCACACCAGAGUCUCCUCGAUGCCGACCGGGUUAUCCGUGCUCUUCCACCCACGAGUGAGGCAGGUCACUGGCGUGUGGCCGUCCUGUUGCUCAAGCAGCGGGUCGCGUUGCUCUGGGACCCGAGUGCCCUUGACACUCCCCCGUCGCUGGCGGAGGAGACCGUCAAUGUCUUAGCUGCCAUUAUCGACUUCUACGAACAUGCUCACGUCCUCCCCAUCCCUGAACACUUGGGAGAUGUCAAGGAGCGCAGUGAAGACCGAGACAUGACACUUUCACGUCGGUGUCGUGCAGGCAUUGCGUUCUUUGCCACUGCGUCUGAUGACGAGGUGGACAAGUGUGUGCAGAGCUGUCUCGUGGCGGUAACUGAGGCCUGA